UCGGCGUUAUACGCACGCGCCGCAUACAAAAGACAUUAAACUUGAACGACGUCUCAGUCUGUGCCGAGGUGACACUGUGAGCGCGUGUGUGAAGUGAUAAACAACGAAAAUGUUUACCGGCAUCUUGGUAUUCUUCAUCUCACUCCACUCCAUUUCAGAACUGAAUGGUGCCCACGUACAUGGACCCGAUGACAAAAUCUUCUUCCCUGGUCCCAUCAAGGAAGCGGUUCCCCUGAACAGAUAUGGCAGCAGCAACAAUGAAGUCAGCAAGGGCGACGUCCCCGACGAGUGUAAGAACAAAAACUACUGCACCAUCAAGCCCCCAGACUACCCCCAGAAAAAGUUCGACAGCUUGAUCAAGCAUCGACCAUCUCUCGCGAAUAUGAUACGGCAAAAGAGAAGCGCCGAAGAAGUUUCAACCACGACAGGUUCCACCAUUCCAUUAAACACACCAGUGUUAGACGGUUUAGAAGACAAACAAGGUGAUCCUGAUGAAGUUGAUAACUGCGAAACUAUAAUUGAGUUCGAGCCUCUCUACAAAGUGAAGUCCGAAACAGGUGGAUGGCGCACCGUGGUACAGUCUCCUGAGAAAAACUUCGUACAGUUAGUCCGACUGGAAACUUGCAAAGCUGCAAGCUCACCUUGCUUCACGGUCUUCCCGAAGCUGCCCACAUAUACCACAUUCUGCAAGCAGAAGUACACCACCUGGCACUUCGUGGUCGACGUGGAGUCCGGCGAAGCGAAUAAGACCGAGACCAUUCCUGUGGACUUGCCCACUUGCUGCUCGUGCUUCUACAGAUCUAUUUAAAAAAAAUACGUUCCAAAUUCGAAUAAAAGAAGAUUGACAGAUGCCAAAAUUCAAAUAUUCUAACUGUCCAGCUAUUUAUUAAAGAGUGUAGAAAAAAAGUUUUAUUCAGCUACCGAUUGUAGUUGAAAGUCUGUGAUCAACCUAGAAUCUGCGUUUGACCUUACCUGGAUUAUAAAGCUUUAAUUUACAAUAUUUUGUCAAUAACGGCUUACGGCAUGACACAAUAGAACAGUGUAAGAAAAAUUACAAAGGUGUUUUAUAUUUUUCCAAAGGUACUUUUUAUUAGACCUAUCACAGACUUCAAAAGUAAAAACUAAACGAAGGAUAUAUGUCUGAACUCAAAAUUCUAUUUUGUAUAUGACUAUUAUUUUUUAUGUAUAAUUCAGAACUAGGCAGUUAAAUCCCAUGACGCGGCUUGCGAAAUCUAAAUGUAAGAGUAGAUGUCCAAACUAACAUUAUUUAUAUGACUAUGAGUAUAAUAAAUAUACCUACUUAUCUUAUGCUAAGAAUUUUAUGUAGAGUUAAAAAAUCUUUUUUGUAAUGAUUGACAUUUCAUGACUUUGCAAAGACAUUUAAAAAACAUAUUAGGGAAUAUUUUGUAGUCACCAAGCAGGACUAAACUUUUUUUAUUAUUAUUUCUGAAGAACUCAGGACAUACAAAUUUAUAUAUAGAUGAAUAUGUAGCACUGGCAGAUUCCAAUCUAAGUUAAUUUACUUUUCUUUGUUUAACUUCAAUCUUACUACCUACCAAAUUAUUAUGAUACUUUUAUAUUCUUUAUUGGUCUGCAUACUUCAUUUAUAAUCUAGGAUGAGCUCAAUUAGAAUAGUUUAUCAUAAUUCGCCUAUAAGAUUUUUAUAAACGUAAUUUUAAGGAUCAGAAAAAAUAGAAGU